GCCGGCUGAGCUGGGUCUCGCUGCUUGGUGCGCGGUGGCGGAGAGCGAGGCCUGGAGAGCACCGCAGCGGCGUGGGUCGGCUGUUUGGUGUUGUGCGCGGGAGAGGACGGCGAGCGGACGAGAGAGCGAGCGGCUCACCUCAGCAGUGGCACCGGGAUCGGUUGCCUAGAGCCUGAAAUCAUGACCACCCCGGGAAAAGAGAACUUUCGCCUGAAAAGUUAUAAGAACAAAUCUCUGAAUCCUGAUGAGAUGCGCAGAAGAAGAGAGGAAGAAGGACUGCAGUUACGCAAGCAGAAAAGAGAAGAGCAGUUAUUCAAGCGAAGAAAUGUUGCUACAGCACAAGAAGAAACAGAAGAAGAAGUUAUGUCAGAUGGAGGCUUUCAUGAGGCCCAGAUCAAUAAUAUGGAGAUGGCACCAGGUGGUGUCAUUACUUCUGACAUGAUCGAAAUGAUAUUUUCCAAUAGUCCAGAGCAACAGCUUUCAGCAACACAGAAAUUCAGAAAACUACUUUCAAAAGAACCUAAUCCUCCUAUUGAUGAAGUUAUCAGCACACCAGGAGUAGUGGCCAGGUUUGUGGAGUUCCUCAAAAGAAAAGAGAAUUGUACACUGCAGUUUGAAUCAGCUUGGGUACUGACAAAUAUUGCUUCAGGAAAUUCUCUUCAAACCCGGAUUGUGAUCCAGGCAGGAGCUGUGCCCAUCUUCAUAGAGUUACUCAGCUCGGAGUUUGAAGAUGUCCAGGAACAGGCAGUUUGGGCUCUUGGCAACAUUGCUGGAGACAGUACCAUGUGCAGGGACUAUGUCUUAGACUGCAAUAUCCUUCCCCCUCUUUUGCAGUUAUUUUCAAAGCAAAACCGCCUAACCAUGACCCGGAAUGCAGUAUGGGCUUUGUCUAAUCUCUGUAGAGGGAAAAGUCCACCUCCAGAAUUUGCAAAGGUUUCCCCCUGUCUGAAUGUGCUUUCCUGGUUGCUGUUUGUCAGUGACACUGAUGUAUUGGCAGAUGCCUGCUGGGCCCUCUCAUAUCUAUCAGAUGGACCCAAUGAUAAAAUUCAAGCAGUCAUUGAUGCAGGAGUAUGUAGGAGACUUGUGGAACUACUGAUGCAUAAUGAUUAUAAAGUGGUUUCUCCUGCUUUGCGGGCUGUGGGAAACAUUGUCACAGGGGAUGAUAUUCAGACACAGGUAAUUUUGAAUUGCUCAGCUCUGCAGAGUUUAUUGCACUUGCUGAGUAGCCCAAAGGAAUCUAUCAAAAAGGAAGCAUGCUGGACAAUAUCUAAUAUCACAGCUGGCAAUAGGGCACAGAUCCAGACUGUGAUAGACGCCAACAUUUUUCCAGCCCUCAUUAGUAUAUUACAAACUGCUGAGUUUCGGACAAGGAAAGAAGCAGCUUGGGCCAUCACAAAUGCAACAUCUGGAGGAUCAGCUGAACAGAUCAAGUACUUAGUAGAACUGGGUUGUAUCAAGCCGCUCUGUGAUCUCCUCACAGUCAUGGACUCCAAGAUUGUACAGGUUGCCCUAAAUGGCUUGGAAAAUAUCCUGAGGCUUGGAGAACAAGAAGCUAAAAGGAACGGCAGUGGCAUUAACCCUUACUGUGCUUUGAUUGAAGAAGCUUACGGUCUGGAUAAAAUUGAAUUCUUACAAAGUCAUGAAAACCAGGAGAUCUACCAGAAGGCCUUUGAUCUUAUUGAGCAUUACUUUGGGACCGAAGAUGAGGACAGCAGCAUUGCACCUCAGGUUGACCUUAGCCAGCAGCAGUACAUCUUCCAGCAGUGUGAGGCUCCUAUGGAAGGUUUCCAGCUUUGAAGCAAUACUCUUCUUUCAUGUUCCUGUGUCAGACCAGGCUACCCAGUCGAGUCCUCUUGUGGAGCCCACAGCCUUCAUGGAGCUAACUUCUCAAAUGUUUUCCAUAAUACUGUUUGCGCUCAUUUGCUUGCCUUGCGCACCUGCUCUCUUACACACAUCUGGAAAACCUCUGGCUCUCUGUGGUGGAAUACCCUUCUAAUAAAAGGGUAUCCAGAACGCCCCACUCUCAUGGAAAAAUCCCUAGGCUUUGGAGACGCGCACUUACAUUAGAGUCAUGGGAAUAUAUGCAUAUUAAUGUGGCUCCCUUUUUUGUGGGGGGAAAAAGAGAGGACUCCUCAUUCCCUUUAAAGUGGGAAAAAAUAUUGACAUUAAAGAUGAGACUAAAAAACCUUUAUCUUGAAUUUCACACAACUACACUUGCAACAAGAGAGAUGUUUAGUCCUAUUGUGUAUACUUCAGAGUACUUUUCAUAAGUUCUUCCACAGUGAACCCUUGGAUUACCUGGUGGCUCUUUCUAGCCAAGUUUGCAUUAAUUCUUACUGAGAUUGGAUGGUUUUCUUUCCUCUAUUGGCGCCAUUCUUCAGAUAUUUAAGUCAAACCAUCUGCUCCCUCACCUUCAGCCUUCAGUGAAUGGGCUUUCUAGUUGUCAAGAGUGCUGAAGAAUUAACACUUUGAUUAUUAAAUGUGAUACUGGUUUGCAGAUUCCCUUAGAGCAGAAAGGAGAGGAGCACAUAUUAAUUUGUGUGGCUUUGGCUUCUCUUUGGUCUUAUGUGUGUUAGGAUUUGGAAGUGGUUCAGUUCUAAUGCUGAUAUGAAGAUUUAGAAUUCUUAAUAAUCAAAAACAUAUCCCAUAACUCAAUAAAGUAAGUCAAACAAACAAAAAACCAUUUGAUUUCCCCAAACUCAACCAGUGUGACUAGAGGCUGUGUUUCUGCAUUAAAACAAAUGUUUUUCAGGCUUUAUGGUCCUGAUCAAGGGCCUCAUUAAAUUGGAGUUCACUCUGGGUGCUUUUCCCCUCUGUGACUGGCAGAUAACAUAAACAUUUAAAGGUAACUUAGGGAUUUUUUUUUCCUUAGAUGCAGCUUGAUUGUAAGGUACUCAUGCUGCAUAUGUGAUCCCUUUAAUGUAGCAUCAUUAUCUUUAAAAAGUAACUACCUUCUCAACAUGACCUACUUAACCCCAAUAAGGGCAGUGAUCUUUUUUCCUUAUAACGUCUUGUUCCCUAAUCAUUUCAUCUCCUACUAUCCCUCCCACCCCACCCCAAAUAAAAAGUGUUCACCUUCUGGCUCAUUUAAUGAUGACUGCAAUCUAUACCUACAAAUGGCGCUUCCAGUACUGUGUUCAGUGAAACACAUCUAUGCUUGGACUGGAACGAAAAAAUAAGCUUAAUUGCCAAGAAAACUGCAAAUGAGUUGAAUACGACUUCUCGGUGCUAGUUGGCUAUCUUGACUCGAUGUUGGGAUAUACUGUCAGAGAAGAUUUUUUUUGUUGAUGUGCUGUUCAAAAUGAAUUCUGAAGGAAAAGUUGCUCACUUCUGUUUCAGAGCAUAACCUUUUAAACCUCUUUAGACUUGUCUUCCUCUAGAAUUCAUUAUAACCCCAAAGUGUAAAAACUAUUUAGAAGUUGCCCCUGACAAGCUAUUAUACAUCUCUGGUAAAUCCUGCUGAAUAUAAGGGAUAUUCAGAGCUUUCAUACCUCAUCGUGAUGUUAUUUAAGCAGCCAACUUAUGUGACCUGAUUUAAACUUUUAAAAUAUCCACUUCAAACUAGAAUGAUUCAAAAGACAAAGGACAUUUAUCAGCCAAGAGAGUGACGCAUUCUUCGCACCUAGUCUGUAGUUGUGUCUGUGCUCUGGAUGGAUAACGUCUGAUGUCUGUCUGUUAUGAUGGAGCAGCCACUGCAAAACCAGUCAACUCCCAUCUAUAACUGUUACUUUUUCUAGUGCUGCUUUGUGCUGAGAGAACAUUUUAGUUUACUGCACUUGACCUGUAAAAGACUUUGAUUCUUUGUAAUUUUAGGGAUAAAUUAGGUGGUUAAUUUAAAGAACUUUCAAUGUUGCCUUUACAUCACGUUAAAAUAUAACUUCUUUCAGAAGAGUAAUGGAAGCACUGAUUCAUAGUAAAAAUCUUGUUUUUAGCUUUGA